GAGACAAUCUUUGUGCUCGUCGUGCGCGAACCGUCAUCGGUAUCCGGAAAUGAACAAUCCCGUGAUGUCAGGGGGGGCGGUGUGCUAGCAUAGCAUCGGAAUGAGUAAAGUCCCCUUUCGAGAGUAAAACUUCAUUUUCCGCGGUUUCCCUGUCAGCUAACCGUCUAGCGCUGUUUGUCGUGUACCGAAACCCGGGUCACCGAGGCGGAUCACCGUCGGAGGAUGUAUCCUUCCGCGCCGGACUUUUACAGCGGGAUGAAGCCCCUCUCUGGACCUAACGGGAUGCCUUUCGGUUCGUCUCCCCGGAGUCCCUGGUGAGAUUUAUGUGUCGCACGGUGCAUAGGUUGUGGCGAGCUAUUUAACGAGCCGGAAUAAGCUGCUCGGGCUGGAAUCGGGUGAGUUAUGGCGCGUCUGGCGUUGAAGCAACUGUCAGAUUUCGGGGAUUUCACAAACGGAACAGAGCUGACUGAGAUCAUUAAAGUGACAAGUAACGAGCUCCAUGACAGCCUGUCGAACAUUCGCCUCAGUCCGGAUGGACGUCACGUCCAUGUCAUCCUCCGCGGACCUACGGUCGGACUCGUGACUCUGGACAAAUAUGAAAGACCCCUUCUCGCCCAGAACCAGAAGAAGCUGGACUUGCGGUUGACACGGACCGUGCCUAUCGUGGAUAUCUUAUACCUGGACCAUCGCAACAGCGCCAGAGACACGGCAGCCGUGGCCGUGGUUUAUGAGAACGGAAAAGCUGAGUUUUGGAAAUUCCAGGAGUGCAAAGCUGGCUGGCGUCUCCUGCAAACUUCCGAUUUGUGCAACAGCCCUCGGGCAAAAGUGGUGUCCGUCUGCGCAUGCUCCAAUCUGAUCAUCUGGUGCGAGGAGAGGGCGCCCUCAGAGAGCACCCCGGCCCCCAGCGCCCCGAGGAACAAGCUGAGAUACUGUGUCUGCAGACGGGACUUCGAGGUGGAGGAAGGGGCCGUCAGCCUCGGAGGGGUGAAAAUCGCCCUCCACAACAAUCCUAAAUUCAACGUGGUCAGCUCGGGUGAAGUGAUACAUCUCCUUCCCGACGUGAAAGGGAAGCCGCUGAUGAGCAUCUCCAAGUGUUUCGUCUCCUGGUCCCCUCGCCAGGACUCCUUCACAGUCAGCGCCACGUGUAAGAGCACCCCCCUGAAGAGGCUUUCAGCCCAAGAGUCCGACUUAAAGAAGUUGGUGACGGACUGCGUGGGAUAUUUAUCAACCCUCGAACCACCUGAGAUCUGCGCCUUCUCCCCCACCGCCUGCGGGGGCCUGCUGCUGCUGCUCGGCACCGGGUGGGUCUGUCUCCUGCAGAAGGACGGGCUGCUGCGGCGGGUCUACAAACUCGCGGACACCUGCUCGGCGGUGCGUGGCGCUCCCAUCAGCCUGUGCAUGUACCAGGACAUCAUAGCGGUGCUGUUCGGGCAGGACCUGCGUCUGAUAGACGUGAACUGUGGCAGGGAGCUGGAAAAGAUGAGGCUGAAGAAAGAGGGGUUGUUGUAUGAAAAUGGGGCCGAAAGGGGUGCGCCUCACCUGCUCUCAGAAACCGGCCUUUUCGCGGUUGUGAGCAAGGAGACGGGCUCCAUGGAUUGCAGCUCUGUUCUGAAGCAGUCUGGUCCCAGCGUGGAGAGCAUUCAUCCGGGGGCCCUCCUGGUAGAGGCCGUCUUCGAGGAGGCCUGCAAAUACUACCAGCAGAGGAGCCUGAGCAGCACCCAGCUCACCGUGGACGCGCUGAAGAAAGGAGGCAGGUUCCAGGCCCCCACCUCGUUGGCGUCCAUCCUCAGGAACUACCUCAGCACGGGGCCGAGGCAGAAAGGAGCGGCGCCGGCCCAGAAUGGGGGAGCGGGGUGUGCGGGGGGACAAGACAAGCUGACAGGCUCUCUGGAGGCCGAGCUCAAGGCUCUGGUCUCCCUGGAGGAGGUGAAGGGGAGUUUGGUGAGGGGGAAUGCCAAAGAGGUGCUGGCAGUGUGCGAGAGUCUGGUUGAGAAAGAAGUAGCCAGGCUGUUCUCGGCCUCGGAGCUGGACAAAGGGGCCCUGCUGUACCUCAACUCCCUCUUCAGCGUCUUCCCCGGGCAGUUGUGGAGAGCGGCGCAGGCCGCCCUCCAGCUGCACUGCAACGGGGACGGCUCUCUGUCCAGCGGGGCUCCCCCGGACGUGUGGAAAACGGUCCUCAGUCCCGCCGGGACGCCCAGCUCCCCGGCCUGCUUCUCCUUCGCAAACGGUGGGCCAAAACACAACCACAGCCUCAAAGGGGAUCACAACGCCAACUGCACGGCCGCCCUGCCGGUGUUUGAGCUCCUCUGCCACUCCGUUUUCCACUUCCAGCCCAGCUGGUUGCCCAGGUUCCUGGAGCUCGCCCAGCAUCAGCAGCAACAGCAGGGCUCAGCCGGCCUGGGCCUCAGCCGGGCCUCCUCUUCCUCCUGGGGCUUCUCGGGCGGUAGAGGAGGGGAGGCCGGGGAGAACAACGUGCCGCUCUACAAACGCGCCCUGUGCGUCUUGUCCGGCCUGGCCCCGGACCGAGACGGACGGCAGGACUUGGAGGUGGAGCUGAUGCUGGUCAGCGGGCGGCCCAACGCCAUCCUGCAGGCGUUGAGGAUCCUCAUGGCCAAGCGGCGGUGGGAGCGAGUCACCCAGGUGGCCCAGAGGUUCUGCAAACAGAGUCCGCUGCUCAACAAGGAGAUUUUCACUACUCUGCUGUGCGAGGUGAUUCAGCACCGGGACCUGGACCCUUAUUUGGACCUGCUUUGGGCGCUGUGCCCCGAGGACCUCACAGUCACCACCAUUCUCAACCUGGUGCUGAAAAACCUCCCCUCCUCUAACACCCUCCCGCCAUCGUCCUUCUCCGCGUCCCACAACGCCUCCACGCCGCCCGCUCCCUUCGCGGACUCCCACAGCGGCCAGUUGACUGUCGGGCUGUUGAAACCUCUGCUGAAGAAAGUCCUUCAGAGGGAGACCAAGCCCAGCCAGCGCUACGCGGACAUUCUCCAGUCCCCGUCGUUCCCCCCUCCUGCCCCCCCUCGCCAGCCUGCACAGCCGCCCAGGUCCAUCUCAGAUCCGUGCAACGCUUCAUCUUCUGGCGACGCAGGAGGAUCCGAUCAGCAGGCUUCCACAAAUACAACUGUGCAGAGAGCCCGGGUGGUACUACCCAUGGACCCGGUCUGAUAUCCAUCAGUAAGACCAAUCAACAUGGGGAAAAAAGAAAAAAAAACAUUCCACGUGUAAUCUGACCAAGCUUUGAAACUGCAUUUGUGUGUGUGUGCAUGUUGACAAUUGCCUAUAAACAGAAUAUCAAUAUGUUGCAGGUAAUAAUGCACUCAACUAUGAUAAUUGAUAGUGUCUUAAAAAAAAAAGUAAUGUAAGAUACAGAGUGACUACUAAAAACUACAACAUUACUACUGAAGAUCUUACCGGUGUAAAUAGUGCAGGUCAUCUUAAUGUGUGUAUGUACUGUAUCUGCAAUGUUAUUUAUCUCUUAAGCCUUAACUGCACGUGGAUGAGAAUACUUCAUGUUUAGCUUAGUCUUUAUCAGAACACCAUCAAUAUAGAAUAUCAUAUUGUCUUUGUCUGCUACAAAAACAAAGUCCUGGAUUCCCGUAUCUGGGAUUUAUGGAAUAAGUGUUCAAUACGGUUCCUUUAUUGACCUCUGGUUUUGUGCUCAUAAGUGCUUAAAUAUUAACCUGGUUUCAACGGGCUCAACCCCGAAACCAAACACCAUUCUGCCUUUUGCGUCCUUCAUUUGUCUCUCUAGACUCCAUCUUGUCCUCGCUGCUUCCUGGCAGCCCGACUCGGAGGACAUUCCAGACAUAAUACCCACUAAGAGUGACUCAGUUUGACUUUAAAUUAAAUUUUGGAGGUAAUUCUGUUAGGAUUUGAGUGUGGGUUUGGUAGGCUGUGACUAACCAGGACGCCCUGCUGCUUGGGUAUAAGGUCAUGUACGUCUCCCUUCAUGUACUCAGUGAGAGUAAUGUUAUUAGAGAUAUUAGGUCCUCUGUCUUGUCCUCUUGGGCCUGUGUGUUUUCUCCAUGCUUUGGAACUGAUCGCACUUUUACAUCACCUCUGUCAGUAUUGUUUGUGUCAUGCAUCUGUUCAAAUGAAUGUUUUUGGAUGAAGUGCUGUAAACAGAAGUAUACUGGAGUGCCUAUAGUAUUUAAUGCAUUGUCAUUGUUCUUGCAGUCUAUAUUGCUUGUUUUAAUCAAAGGAAGUGCUUAGCAAAAUGUUAUUUAUUUUUGUCCCAUUCUUCUGAAGACUACUGAAACAACGACUCUUCAGCCCGAGAGCCAGCUCUAAAAUGUCAAAUGACAAUCAGACUCCAAAAUGCUGCAAAACAAUCAGCCCAGAGUGGCCUUCGCAGCACUGCUGUUCAUUUAGAGCGCGGUGCCACAUUCCUGCUGCCUCUCUGAUGCUGUUCGACUGGAGUGCACGUGUUAAAUGUUCAUUUGCCACAACCUUAUUUCAGUUGGUAAGAAUUCUUCCAGGAUUUGCUCGCACCAAUUUCCCGCUUGCUUUUUUUACGUUGGGGGAUGCGAUGCUCUACUUUGUGUUACUGGAAAAAAGGAAAAGAAAGCAAAUGUAUUGUGAAGGUGUUAUUAAACUGUAGAUAAAACAUGUUUGCCC